AUGAUGUCGCGAGGAGUAAAAUAUCAGCUGCUGGAUGACGACGAUCAUGUGUACGGAGAGGGUCCAGAGCUGGUGGCAGUUCGAGUGCCGAUCAAUGGCAUGACCUGCCAGUCCUGCGUGCGGAGCAUAGAGGGUUCCGUACGAGAGCUGCCUGGUAUACGAGACGUGAAGGUGGAGUUAACAGAACACGCAGGGUACUUUAAGUUUGACCCUAGCCAGUGUUCUGUGGAAGCUAUCCGCUCCCAUAUAGAAGAUAUGGGAUUCGAAGUGCCGACAGAUAGCCGUGACGACGAAACGAGAAAUCUCCUCCCACGUGAAAUACCAACGGACCUCUUAAUCGACAUGGCGGGGACCAGUGAGAGUACAACCCUAAUAUCUGUCAUUGGAAUGACUUGUCAAUCUUGUGUUAAUACUAUAGAAGGUAGUCUCAAAGAAAUGCCAGGUGUAAUACAUUCGAAUGUCAGUCUGUCUGACAACACAGCGCUAGUCAAGUUCUCACCGAACGCCGUAACUCCUAAACAAAUAGCCGACGCAAUAUACUCUAUGGGUUUUGAUGUUAACAUUAUAAGUGUUGAUGGGAAAGAACAAACAGAAAUAAAACAAAGCAAUAGUGAAGAAGGUUCAGGAGAUACAGUUAAAAUAUCACCGGCGAAAAGUAGAAGUCAACAAAAUGGCACAAUCUCACCCACUACAGAGAUAUCCCGGUGUACGUUGGAAGUCCGCGGGAUGACGUGCGCGUCGUGUGUGGCCGCCAUUGAGAAGCAUUGUGCCAAGUUAAAUGGUGUUCAUUCGAUAGUGAUAGCGUUAUUGGCAGCUAAAGCGGAAGUUAGAUACGAGCCAUCGAAAAUAUCGGCCAUUGCGGUGGCAGAGUCCAUCUCGGAAUUGGGGUUUCCCGCGGAAUUGAUCAGCGACAGUGGUGCCCCCCGGGAUUUGACUGUGUUGAUAAAGGGCAUGACGUGCGCGUCGUGCGUGAACAAGAUAGAGAAGUCAGUACUUAAGCUGGGCGGCGUCGUGUCCUGCUCCGUCGCCCUCACCACCUCCAAGGGCAAAGUGAAGUACGAUCCGGAGAUAGUGGGCGUGAGGAGGAUCUGCGACACCAUCAACGCGCUCGGCUUCGAGGCGACGGUCGUCAGUUCGAAUACCAGAGGCACUAGUAAUUAUUUAGAACACAAGGAGGAAAUAAGAAAGUGGCGCGGCGCGUUCCUCAUAUCUCUCAUCUUCGGCGCGCCGUGCAUGGCCGCCAUGACGUACUUCAUGGUGGCCAUGAAGUGGCACUCGCACCGCGACAUGUGCUGCGUGCUGCCCGGCCUCAGCCUGGAGAACCUCAUCCUGUGGCUGCUGGCCACCCCCGUGCAGUUCAUAGGCGGCUGGCACUUCUACAAGCAAGCCUAUAAAGCUCUCAAACAUGGCACCUCGAAUAUGGACGUGCUCAUAUCUAUGACCACUACAAUAAGUUAUGCAUAUUCACUAGCCGUAGUUAUAGCGGCCAUGGUGAUGGAGAAGGACACGAGUCCGCUAACGUUCUUCGACACACCCCCCAUGCUACUCGUGUUCGUGUCUUUGGGGCGGUGGUUGGAACACAUUGCUAAGGGAAAAACUUCAGAAGCUCUGUCGAAGCUGCUAUCCCUGAAACCGACGGAAGCCGUGCUGGUGACCCUCGACCCUGAGGGUCGGGAGGUGGGCGAGAAGAGCAUCCCGGUAGACUUGGUGGAGCGAGGUGAUGUUCUGAAGGUAGUUCCCGGUGCGAAAAUACCAGUGGAUGGGAAAGUGAUCUCCGGGCAAAGUACGUGCGACGAGUCCCUGAUCACCGGCGAGUCCAUGCCCGUCACCAAGAGCAAAGACUCGCUGGUGAUCGGCGGCAGCAUCAACCAGCACGGCGCGCUGGUGAUGCGCGCCACGCACACGGGCGAGGCCAGCACGCUGGCGCAGAUCGUGCGCCUCGUGGAGGACGCGCAGAGCGGGAAAGCCCCGGUGCAGCGCCUCGCAGACACUGUCGCCGGAUAUUUCGUGCCAAUAGUGGUGUUCCUGUCUGCCUUGACGCUGGUAUGUUGGGUCAUUAGCGGAGCGUUGAAGAUUCAAAGGAUAAAAGACAUUACACCAGAGAUCUACCGCGACGCCGGCUUCUCCGACUGGGAGCUGAUCUUCCAGACGGCGUUCCACUUCUCCCUGUCGGUGCUGGCCAUCGCGUGCCCCUGCGCGCUGGGGCUGGCCACGCCCACCGCCGUCAUGGUGGCCUCGGGCGUCGGCGCCAACAUGGGGCUGCUCAUCAAGGGGGCCGAGCCCUUGGAGAACGCUCAUAAGGUGAAGACAGUGGUGUUCGACAAGACGGGCACCAUCACGCAGGGCAGCACGUCGGUGGCGCGCGUGUCGCUGCUGACGGGCGAGCCCUCCUCCCUGCCGGAGGUACUCGCCUGCAUAUUGUCUGCGGAACUCAACUCUGAACACCCUGUAGCCUCUGCAAUAGUCCGGUGGUGCAGCAGCGUGGUGGGCGGCGCGCGCGCCUCGUGCAGCGGGUUCGCGGCGGCGCCGGGCUGCGGCCUGCGCGCGCGCGUCACGCUGCGCGGGGCGGUGCCCGUCUCGCCGCAGGUGAAGGCCGCGCUUGCCGCCGCCAGGGAAGGCAGCACGGUGCAGCUGGCGGGCGUGCCGCUGGAGGCGCUGGCGGCGGCCGGCGACGCGGCGCUGGGCUCGGCGCAGGCGGCGGCGCGCCUGCGGGCGGCGGCGCGCCUGCACGACGACGAGGUGAGGGGUCGCUGUCAACCGCCAUACUUUUAUGAGGUGGAACAGCUGGUGCUGAUAGGGAACCGGGAGUGGAUGGCGCGCAACGGCGUGUCGGUGCCGCGCCGCGUGCUGCAGGCGCUGGCGCGGGACGAGGAGCUCGGCCGCACCGCCGUGCUCGCCGCCAUCGACGAUCAACUCGUCUGUACAAUAGGCGUGGCGGACGAAGUGAAGCCAGAAGCGCACCUCGCGGUGUACUGCUUGAAGAAAAUGGGGCUGGAGGUGUGUCUGUUGACGGGCGACAACAGGAAGACUGCGGUGGCUAUCGCUAGACAGGUGGGGAUCAACAAAGUGUACGCCGAAGUGCUUCCAUCGCAUAAAGUAGCUAAAAUACAAAAAUUACAGGAAAAAGGACAAAAAGUUGCCAUGGUAGGUGAUGGAGUGAACGACUCGCCGGCGCUGGCGCAGGCCGACGUGGGCAUCGCCAUCGCCAGCGGCACCGACGUGGCGGUGGAGGCUGCUGACCUGGUUCUCAUGAGGAAUGAUCUAUUAGACGUAGUGGCGUGUCUAGAACUUUCUAGGACAACGGUGAGACGAAUCAGACUGAAUUUCAUAUUUGCAUCUGUAUAUAAUCUGUUGGGGAUUCCCCUCGCGAGUGGCGCCUUCGCUUUGUACGGAUUACAAUUACAGCCAUGGAUGGCGUCGGCCGCGAUGGCGAUGAGCUCCGUAUCGGUGGUGUGCUCCAGUUUGUUGCUCAAAACAUUUAAGAAAAAAACUCCCGACCAGCUCCGGACAGCUGAAUAUCUCCAAUCCACUCGCAUUGAGGAGUUAGACUCCGUAUCAGUGCACCGAGGGUUGGAUGAGAAGGUGGAUCUUGGUGAUCGUUCACCGCUUGCCAAAUUAUUCCAUCGCAGCAAAUCUGUCAACGGCUGUUUAUUGCAAGACGAGGACGACAUGCUCACCGUCUCUUUCAUACCGAAGCGACCGACGCGAGAGUCGCCAAGCUUGAACGGU